GUGGUGCACCUGUGGGGCGGGGCUUAGGGCCCACAUCCGGGUGUUACCUCCGGCCGUGGGGAGGUUGUUGAAGCUCAGGCCGCCUCGGGAACUCGGGUCGGUGCUCAGUCCGCUCUCCUCCACGCUAGUCACGCUUGGUCCGUGCCGGUGCGCACGGGGGUUCCGCGUGGGAGCUCGCCGGGCUCACGGUCAUUAAAUCAGUCCAGUUUGUCGCUCGGGAAGGCCAGUUCUGCGGUCACCGCGUCUCUCGCCGUCGGGCACCGCACGGCAAUCCGGGAGGACUUCCCGGAAAUGGUGCCGCGGAGGCAGCGACCCUGGGCCGCCCUCGGCGUGCUGGCGGCUGAGGGGCCGUGGGAGGCGCCUCAGUAAAACGCUCCCGUUCCACAGGUGCGGGCCGCACGAAAGCCUCUGCGUGUUCAGUGUUUGAAAACGCGGAUCGGAGCUGUUUCUGAGGAGAAACAGUUGUUUUCGCAUCCUCCCCCAACCCAGGACACCCCGGUCUGAGAGCAGCAGCAGCAGCAUCAGGAUACACCCCAGUCGUCUCUGGGCCCUGAGAUCCAUGGCACUGCCUGUGCUAGGGCUGGGGCUCCUUGCUCAUGUUUUGCUGGACGUUAAGAAGGUUCCGGCGGCAGAGAGGCUGUGCGCCACAACCCCCUGUGUAUUGGAAUUCCCCAGAGAAUCGCCCGGCAGCUCCGUGAUCGUGGGCUCCUGGCUCAGUGGCAGCGCCGGCUCCCCUGUCGCCAUCAUCGGUGCCGAGGCCAGACUCCAGGGGACGGGGCAUCGCGAGGAACGAGACUGUACCCUGCUGGUCCGUGCCAUGCCCCAAGGCGACAGCCGGGCGUCCUUGCUCCACGCAGAUCCAGGAGGGCGUGGAAGUGCUUUCCCGAGGGCGCGCACGGAGCCGUCCCUGGCAG